UUAAACCACAAUUCUUUGGCAUGUGAAAUUGUGUUUCUUAGCCAUAUCUUGUAACCUAUAUAUAAUAAUCAGAGCAAAUAGAGAAAAGGAAAAUCUCUAAAGAUGGGGAAAAUGGCUAAACUUUUCAAAUCAAUUAUGACCUUCGACUGUUUUUUUAUUGGAACUUCAUCAAAAAAGAAAGAUUGUUGUGACGAAGAGAUAAAGAUAGAUGAGGUGAAUUCGAAGCCGUCAAAGAAUAUAAUUGAAGAUGUAGAUGGGGUCAUGGAAAUCUACUUCCCAGAAGAAAUAAUUGUGGAAAUCCUCAUAAGGUUACUUGUUCAGUCUCUUCUUCGAUUCAAAUGUGUAUUAAAAUCUUGGAAGAUGUUGAUCACUUCGAAUUACUUUAAGGCAAAACAUUGCAAUCAUGCCAGGAAUAAUAAAAAAAUUCUUAUUUACCGAUGGCUUCGUGAUGGUACGAUUUCAUAUUAUUGUUCUUCUUUAUCAUCGGCUCAACCAGCUGCAUUACAAAAGCUUGGUGCUUGCCCUUCAAAUCAUCACUACGAAAUAUUAUGUUGUUAUGAUGGGUUGUCUCUUCUUUUGAGUCGUGAUGGCUAUUUACUCUGGAACUCAUCAACAAAUGAAUCAAUACAACUUCCUAAUAUUAAACUUCGACACAUAUCCCGUAGCACUUACGAAGAGGCAUCCGUUGGUACUUAUGGAUUGGGAUAUGACUCGAUUACUGAUGACUAUAAGAUUCUUAAGAUUGACAACUUAGCAUCCAAUAAAAUUCUUGCACUAAAGAGUGGUUCUUGGAGAAAUAUUGAUAACAUCUUUUAUAAUUAUACACAUCAUAAGGACACUUUAAUAUUUGUUCGUGGUGCAUUUCAUUGGAUCUGUAGGGAUAUACGUUUACCUAAGUAUUUUAUGUUAUCGUUUAAUAUAUCAAAUGAGGUGUACACAGAGAUAUUGUUGCCAGACGAAAUUUGCAAGAAUAUGCCCUUUAUAAAUCGUGUUGCUUCAGUGAUAGAAGGAAUGCUUUGUGCUUAUUGUACUCGCCUAAAUGAGGGGGUGGCCACUUUUAAGUUAUGGGUAAUGAAAGACUAUGGUAUCAAGGAAUCUUGGACUCUAUUAUAUACUAUAUAAGAGAGAAACAUCCGUUGUUAUUAUUUUAUCAGACCAAAAUAUAUGUUUGCGAAUGGUCAAAUAAUAAUCAUCCACAGAAAUGGUGUUUCUCGUGGGUUUACGAUAUCCAAAGGACUAUUUGAACUAUUUCCUGCAUAUUCUGGCUUACAACAAGGAUUCAUUUAUACGGAAAGUUUGAUUUCUCCCAAAUCACUUAUUUAGUAUUAGCUAGCUUAUGUCUGAUCAAGUCAGUUUUUUUUUUAAUAUAAAAUUUAUCAAGUCGCCAGUUAUGGUUUAUCAAUUUUGUUGGUUUUGCUUAUUUCAAAAUGUGUUGCCAAUGUUAA